AUGAGCACGGGGGCACCGCCCAAAGGGACCAAGUCGGAUAUUGCCGCGAUAUGCGUCCAAGCAACAUUCGUCGUCGAGCAGCUCUUCGGCUGGACUCUGGCAGCGUGCAAGUACGCUUUGACGAACUAUGAUCCAAACGGGCAUGAAUCGACAAGAAGCGUCGAGGUAAAUGAGGGGCCGGUCGAGGACUCGAGGUGGAUCGGGGCGGACGGAGGGCGGAGACUGACUGACUGGGUUGAUCUGAUGGAGCGAGGUCGAACAGAAGAUAGCCGGCGGGAUGAGGUGGAGGGCGGGCGGGAAGAAGGUUGA